UAUUUGAACAGUGGUAACGGUGACGUAAAAUAAUUCAACAUUGAUAUAAUAGAUACCUUUUUUACCCGUGAUAAUCAACACAAAAUCUAUAUAAUUUAUUUAUUAAUUAGCAAAUUACACAAUCAACUACAAAUUUGAUUUCUAGGCAAGCCUAAUUCAAUACAACUCGUCAGAAGAAGACAGAAGUGGAGAGCCUAUUUGUGGCGCUACUAUUAUCAGCGAUAAAUGGCUUGUUACGGCUGGACAUUGUUUAGACGAAAUGGAUGUCGCUGACCUGAAAGUUCGAACUGGCGCUACGAAGAGAUACAACGAUGGAGAAGAGCACGAGAUUAAGAGACUGAUCAUGCACCCUGGCUUCAAGAUUCACGAAUAUAUUAUUACUGAUGACAUUGGUCUUAUUGAGCUCGCUAAGCCAAUCAAGUUCAGCAAUGUACAAAAGGCUAUUCCGUUGGCCAAGCCCACCGAUGAACCUACUCCGGGAAAAAUUUUGACUGUUUCUGGAUUCGGAAGAGAAGAGCAGUACGAGGAAACUAAAACAUUGCAACUGAAGGCCGCUUACUUACCGAUCGCUUCUCUGGAAAAAUGCCAAGAUGAUUACUUCUUGGAUCCGGUGACCGAUAAAAUGAUCUGCGCCGGUAACAGCGCAGACAGCUCUUGCAAAGGUGACUCUGGUGGUCCGGGUGUCAUGGAUCACAGACUCGCCGCUAUAGUUUCUACCGGAUUCCUCUGUGAUACUACUAACGUACCUGCUGUUUUUACUGCCGUCUACAAACAUCUUGACUGGAUUAACCAGUAUGUUCAAGCUUAAAUAAAAUAGUUUUUAAGUUCGUUGUACAAUAAAACGCAUUUCAAACUACAGCUUUUAAGUUUCACGUUAUUUUUUACCAACUCGAUGAAGUAUCGUGAAAUUCGAGCUUACCACUGCCGUUGAUGCCUUUCCUUUAUACUCCAGCCCCCAAAAAAUGUUCAAAAAGUACAUCUCCAUUAGCUGCAACACAAUGAAUUAAAAUACUGGAUAAAUCACGGCAUUGCUCUCAGCUCAAACGCACAAUUUGCAGCGUACACGAGCCAGAAGCG